ACGCCCAUGACUGUUAGCAAACAGCUGUCUGGGAUGCCGACAACAACAACCACGACGCUAUGGCGAACUUGGAAUGGGUGUGCGUGCCACGAUGCUACGAAGUCCGGAAAAACCGCCUGGCUGGCCAGGCCACGCUGGAUCAUCCGCUGAAACAACAAGCAGUGACGGUCGUGAACACCAAUCCCUUGAGCAGGGCUCUAGAGGGCACCGACCCGCUCUCACAGUUCGCCCGCCAAGAUGAGGAACUCAACGAUCCACUCAGCCAAAUGGUCACCGAAUUCGACAUCAAAUCGAAGCGUCGCGAACGGGACCGAACAGAACCGGAGGACAACACGUUGCAGUGGAGUAGCCGUCGCCUGGGCAUCCUCAACCGCUUUACUACCAACGAGAAGCUAUCGCUCUCCACCAGCUUCCUUGUUGCUUCCGGAAGCUUGGACGGCGGCAGUGAAAGUAUCAAAGCCCAAACAGUGGUGGCAGACAAGACGAAGUACCGCCUUGAGCAGUUGGAUCACUUUGACGAUGGCAGCAUGCGUCACAUGAUGGAUCUCACGCAGCAGGAGUACAUCCAGCGAUUUGAACAACUUAAGCAAGAGCUCAUCCAGUCCUGGCACAACGAUCAGAGGGUAAAGGCUCUGAAGAUAGCCAUACAGUGUGCGAAGAUGCUAGCGGACACCACUGUGCUGCAGUUCUAUCCGAGUCAGUAUGUGCUUAUCACGGACAUCCUAGACGUUUUCGGGAAGCUGGUAUAUGAACGAUUGCGGGCCAAGGGCUCUGGAGAUCCUGCAGCAUCAGCUGCCACAUUGGAGCGGGAACGAGAGGCUGCCAGGGAUACUUGCCAGAAUUGGUUUUACAAGAUCGCCUCUAUUCGGGAGUUGCUGCCACGUCUGUACCUGGAGCUGUCCAUAUUCAAGUGUUAUGAGUUCCUGUCAUCCUCCAGCGAGGAGUAUGAGCGAAUAUUGCAACGGUUGACCCAUCAGUUAAGGGGCUUAGCCGAUCCUUUGGUAUCCAGCUAUGCCCGCUGCUACUUGGUGCGGAAGGGCGUGACCCUCACUCCCAGUAAGACAUACAUCAGGGAAAACUUUACCGAUCUCUUCGUCAUAUACCCUCAGAUCUUUCGUUUUGUGGCCCGCUUUAAUCUUCAUCCAGAGAUUGUGACUGCUAGCUCCUACCUCCAGCUGUAUGCACCGGCAUUUGACUAUAUGCUUCUCUGCCUUGUACACAAAUGCGAACUGCACACGCAGGAUAUGCUGAAUGAGUGCAAGCAGCUGAAGAAUAACGGAGCUAUUCUGAUGUCGAUUCUGAAUUCCUUUAAGUCAGAGUUUAUUGCCACAAAUGCAUUAGAAUUCAUAGACUUAAUUAACGCUUCCGAAACCCCUGGAAUCUCCAAGUCCCAGUUGCUACGCUCCCUGGGAAGCUGCGUUAGUAGCUGUGCUCCAUUGCAAGAGCAGCGGAUUUGCUUUUUGAAAACUGCUUUUGAGACGAUUAACAAGCUGACGGAUCCUAAUGAGUAUAUCAAUUGUGUGGAAACUUGGGCUGUCUUCGUAUCUCAGUAUUUUACGAUACACGAGGUAAACCGGUUGUUAGGCGAACUGAAUGCUCGAAUGUGUCUUGGCAAAGCCUAUGAGAAGCACUAUUCGCAAUUGCAAAACAUUCUAACCAGGAUAAUGCAAAACUAUCGAAGCAUUGAGUUGCUGCUAAUCCAGCCGAACUUUCUGCCCUACUUGGAUCUGUUUCAAAAGGAAUCUGUUCGUGUUGAAGUAUGCAAGAACAUUCUUAGUUUCUAUAAACAGAAUAGCGAGGAAUAUACUUGUGAUGCUGUGGUUACAAACGCGUUGAUGUAUCUCGGCAAGAUUUUGAAUGAUUCUGUGAAUGCCCUGUCUGUAGAGGAUGAGCGCCGCCAAAUUUCUCAACUCAUCAACGUCUUUAUUCAUAAAGUUCACUUUGGGCGCGACUUGGAACAGCAACUGAGUUUCUAUGUGGAGGCUCGAGGCACUUUCAGCAAUUUGGAUGCGGUAUAUGUCACUCUGGUUCAUGCGGCCUGCAAAUUAGCUAACCGAAAUCGAGCAAAGUCGACGGGAUUCAUCAAGGCCUGCAUCGCCUACUGCUUCAUUACUAUUCCCAGCAUUGGAGCUGUUCAGCAGCAAAUGAAUUUGUAUUUGCUUUGCGGUCAACUUGCACUGCAGAAUCUCUGCCUGGGGCAAGCCGAUGCUUGUUUUGAGGCUGCCUUGCAGUUGGUCAAUGAGCUGCCUGCAGCCACCGUGGACUUCGAUGGAAAGCCCCGUAGCUUAGAGAGCUUUCUGGUGUCGUACAUGUGCAAUAUGUUGGCCACGCUGAUCGUGGUGCCGGAUAGUCCAGAACAGGGAGUCUUGUAUUUCCUUCGACUGCUGUUGGAGGUGGUUGGAAGGCAUGAAUUCAAGCCGAACAGCACGGCGCCGAUUAUCAUCUAUCUGCAUUCCCUGGACAUGCUUUAUGUGCAGAGCCUAGAAAAAUAUCCUUAUCAUAUUAAGGGAGUGGUUUCCAAUGACAAUUUGUAUGGCCACGAUCCCAAGUUUUUGCAAGAGGUAAACAAUAUAUGUGCUCAGGUUGUCGAUGCGAUCCUACUGCAGCUCAAAUCCUUGGGUGUGGCCCAGCAGCAACGACCUCAAGCGGAACUGGCCUUGGAACUAUUUCUACGGAUUGUGCGAUAUGCAGACUUAGAGAAGGAAACGAUCGCUCAAUUGGCAGUGAAACUAUGGCUUCUAGCCAACAAAGCUCAAACACAGCUGGAUGUAAAGACUCUACCCCAAACACUGCGGAUUGUGGAGAUUCUGUACAAACAAGUAAAGGAUGCCUCACCCUCACAGGCUCAGGCUAUUGCCAAACUACUCCUGCGCAUGCGCAACAGCUGAAAAAUGAGCUUGUAGUAACUAAUAGCUAACCGCUGAGAUUAUAUUUUCUUAUGUGCAUAAAUCUUUUACGGAUUUAUUGCCUGGUUCCAGCUUGCGUUUUUGCUUUUUCAACUUUCACGAGGAACUGACAAUUUUUGUAUUACAUUUCUGUGCAAUUACAAGUAUAUUAUAAUUAAAUUUUGACCUGUAAUUUCGUGAUGUUUUUACAGAGAUAAUAAAAAGCGUA